AUGGCGCGUUCUUCGCAGUCAUCCGCAGUAGCCCCGUCUUCCUCUUCCACUCCCUCCUCAAGGCCACGGUCUGAUACCGGCCUAACUAUAGAGAUUUCCGCGGAUGAACACCUGCUGACGCCCCCGACGAGCCAGUCGGAAACAUCCAGCAGGAGUGGCGGUGCAAUGGAUGUGGAAGAAAAAGAUGGUGAGGAGGUUGUUAGUGAAGAGAAAAUUUCUCGACGCGUCACGCGUUCGUCAUUAGUGAAUGAGGAAAAUAACAUGGUCAGGGAGGAGAUGGCGGCUAAAGGAGAUGAUGCUAAGGAAGUUACGUUUCAUCCCUUGCGUUCGAAUCCACCGGAAGUGGAUGGAGGGUUACCUACAUCCGAGGGAGCAAGGGGAAAUAUGGAGAUGGAGCAUCAAUUGGACAAAAAUGAAGAAGGGAAAGAUGCAAGGCGAGCCAAGAAGAGACAAAACAGUGAGAGUGGGUCACGGAGACGCUCGUCGCGUUUGGCUCUAUUGGAGAAAAUUAGCGAAGUGGUUAGCAAGGUUUCAACGGUGCUCGGGAAGAGGUCCAGGGAGGAUGUGACGAAGGAAAAAAAUAAACUGGAGAUUAUUAAUCGGAGGGCUAGUUUGCGGCCGAGGAAUGUUGCGCGGGAAGAGCGGGUUCCUUCAACUACCUCUACGGCUGUUGCUACUACUGAUGGUCCUGUUACGAAGAAGCGGCGGGUUUCUAAAGGAGAUGCAGUGGCCUUGAACAAGAAGGCAUCUGCUACUUCAACUACUGUAACAGAACAGAAGCCGGCAACUGUUACCUAUAAGAGAAAGAAAUGGCUUUCCCAUGGUCUGUAUGCGGGUCAGGACCGGUACUUCGAUCCCAGGCUUACGGAUGAGAAGAAUCGGAUUAAGUUUGGGAAGAAGAAUGAGGAGGAGCGAAAUAAAUUGUUUCCCUUGCCUAUGUUUGCGGGUGAAAGGUUGAUUGAAGACGGGAGAGAUUUCAAGCUGCCAUUUGAUAUCUUCUCUCCGCUGCCACCGGGUCAGCCGAAACCUGAUGAGUGGCGGAAGACGAAUAAGAAUGUAUUUGUCGGAGACGCAGCUUGUAUAUGGAAGGCUAACAAGCUUGGCGAGUGCUCUACAUGCAUGUGCACCCCCGAGAACGGAUGUGAUGAGAACUGCCAGAAUCGUUGCAUGUUUUACGAAUGUGAUGAUAAUAACUGUAAGCUUGGGGCAGAGCUGUGUCGCAAUCGCAGUUUUGAAGAUCUACGCCAGCGCAUCAAGGCGGGUGGUAAGUAUAACAUUGGUGUUGAAGUCAUCAAGACGGCGGAUCGUGGAUAUGGGGUACGCAGCAAUAGGACCUUUGAGCCUAAUCAGAUCAUUGUCGAAUAUACGGGGGAGAUUGUUACACAGAAGGAGUGCGAGAGGAGGAUGAGGACUGUGUAUAAGAAUAAUGAGUGCUAUUAUCUUAUGUACUUUGAUCAGAACAUGAUAAUUGAUGCGACUCGAGGCUCCAUUGCCCGAUUCGUUAAUCAUUCUUGUGAACCCAAUUGUGAAAUGGAGAAAUGGACUGUUGCCGGAAAGCCACGCAUGGCCCUUUUUGCUGGCAAGAAUGGGAUUACGACCGGGGAAGAACUGACUUAUGACUACAAUUUCGACCCAUAUUCCCAAAAGAAUGUCCAGGAAUGUCGCUGCGGAGCAGAAACAUGUCGUGGUGUUUUGGGCCCCAAAUCCAAAGACUCGAACAAGUCCCGCAGCGUAAAGCAAGAAAAUACGAAACAAUCCAAAAAUGCAAAGAAGAAAGCUGUGUCAUCGAAGUCUGGUCCAACUUUAAUAGGGAAGAAACGGAAACAAGAAACCGCUCUAGAUGAAUCGUCUACUUCGCGCCUGAACAAACGGAGGAGGAUUCUCAAACAGACAUCAAAAGCUUUUAAUGCUGGAAUCAAGAAAGCUGUAGCUGGCGCUCGCUUAGCAGCUAAUUCAAGCACAAAAGCGAAGGUGAGGGGGAAAGCGAAAGCCAAAUCCAAAAUCAAUGCUAUCACAACCGUGAAAGCCAAAACGGCUCCAGUUAAGAAAACCAAGGACAGUUCACCAUCAAAAACUACGACUAAAGGCACAAAUGCACGUCGGGGGGGCCGGAAAUCCAAGAUUCAAGCUGAGACGGAAACUUCUGUCCGGACGCAGAGAGAUCGCACGAAACUCAACCGACCGUCGAAGAAGCUCAAUUCCAUUGCUGUCUCACGAACCACAAGCAGGACUCCAGCGAUCAUGAGGCGGUUCCUUGAAGCCGGAAAACUAACUACGGGAUAUGAAAUAGACAGGACUUUAACUGCUGAUAAGCCAGGCUCUAAACGAGUCGUGGCGAAGAGAAGAUAUAUCAAUAACAACACCAGCAAACAGUCUAAGAUUAAAAGAACUGUGACAGGUGUCGUUGGGACAGUGAAACGGGGUAGGUCUUCUGUUUGA